AUGUCGAGAUACUACCCGCCAGGCCAUGACAUUCCGACCCAGUACUAUGAUGUCGACCCCAGCGCCCCGCCGAAUCACGUUGCUCCAAGUGCCCCACCAGGGAUCGCCCCGGACACUUCUUACCCUUCAGGAAUAACUGAAAACCCAUUCCAUCCUGGAGUACAAGGCCCUUUUGUACAAUAUGCAGAUCCACAUGUGCAUUCCAAUUACGCAGACGAGUACGAUGAUGUCCCGGGGCCUCUUGGUCCUGGGCAAGGCGCAUCCGCCCGCCCGCGAAGACGCCUAGGUCCGGGAGAGCAAGUCAAGCAUCGUCGGACUCGGAGCGGCUGCUUUACGUGCAGACAUCGCAGAGUCAAGUGCGACGAGAGCCAUCCUGUGUGUGAAAGAUGCCGGAAGGGUGGCCGCGAGUGCAUCUAUCCCGACACUCAGGGCAGUCAGAAGCUAGUUCGUGGAUUCAAGUCGGGUAAGUCUGGCUCGACAGGAAGUGUUUCGUCUCCUGAAGACCACGAAGAAGAUGGCAAGGAGCGGCUGGCAGCUAUUCUUGACGACGAGGACGGGGACUACGAGGAAGAUGCUGGGUUCAUGUCGAGGGAGCAAGACUUGCGCGAUUCUUCCAACACACCAGCGUCACUCAUCGACCAGAGCACUUCGCCGUCUACCGAAGCUUCCUCCACAGUCCCAACGUCUAACCAACCGAGUUUAUCACGGAGAGGCAGCACGCAGGCAACCAAGAUCGCACCGCCAAUGAAGAGCGCUUCGACAGAAGCGCAAAGUGUCCAGUUCUAUCUGAACUACUUCAAGAACCACAUGUCCUCUCAUCACUACUCACUCAAGCGCGACGCUCAAAAUUUCAUCAAAGUCGAUCUUCUGGCUCAAGCCAUGAAGUUUGAACCGUUGAAGUAUGCGGUGGUGGGUUAUGCAGCGUACUUCCACACGCUCUCUCAGCCAGACGGCCGCAUCUCCACUUUCCUCCAGUUCUACAAUGAAUCCGUGUCGCGACUCCGGGUGGCCAUUACGAAAAACAAGAAGCAUGGGCUUGCGACGUUUUUGACAAUCUUACAGCUCGCGAGUAUAGAGGAGAUGCUCGGUGACUGGGUCAACCUUAUGGGCCACCAGAAGGCUGCUUUCGAGAUGCUCAUCCGCCUCUACACAGUGGAGACUAUCACCAAGUCGCAGUUCCUACUCAAAGUCCUGCUGUGGUACAUCCGGUUCGAUUUGUUUGUCGGGUUCCAAUCGGGCGGAGAAUCAGUACUCAGCCGAGAGUGGUAUGUGGCCGCUCACGAUCGCUACGUGGAGCAACUCCGCGAGAACCCAAACGACCUGGACUUGCUGUACGAGGAGCGUUUUGCUUACUCGCGGCUGGUGGCGAAGGACUCGAAUGAUCUGUUUGCUCGGAAGGGCAAGGGACUGCUCAGCGAUCAGGAGUUUAUGUUACAACUGUCUGUUUUGCAAGAGAAGGUGGACAAUAUGGAAGACGAUAUCGGCCCGACUCUUUUGGAUCCCAGAUACAAGGUCAAGUGUAUCCCGGGCGAACCUGGUCCCGACGACAUUGUCAACCCGUAUGAGCCGGACGUUAUGUGGGGCGAGCCUCUGUGGACGUCGAACUUUCUUCUGCUGGAUGUGUGGGGGAUCAUGAUCAUGCACUAUGUCUCGACGGCGAUGGCAUUGCGCAGGCCGACUAAUCCUGAACUACCUAAUAUGGCGUAUAGGGCGGCGCAGUUGUUCGAGGCACUGUGCGCUUAUCCUCAUGCUCCGCUGGGGACGAUCAUCGAGGCGCAAAUCACGCUCGCUAUCUCUACGUUGUUUUUACCGAGAGACUCCAAGACAAUACAGUGGUGUCGACGGACUUUUGCUAAGGUUGAGGCAUCCGGAUAUAUCUAUUCAGACGUCAUGCGAACGCGUAUGCUCGAGUCUUACGGACUUAGCCCCUCGGACUGGUGGCUUCCCAACGACGAAGCAUGUCCGCCCAUCAUUCGCUCGAUCAAAAACUUCAUCCACGAGCGAGCAACAGCGCCCAAAGACCAAGUGUCCGACGACCUGAAAGAAAUGAGGGGCAUCUUUGGCUCUAUGACAAUCUCCGACUCUCCGGAUAGUGUGACCGUCACAAGCUCUGAUUACGCCGGAGGCGCGAGCGCACAGGGAAAUUUCGACAUGUUCACGAGAACAGACGGGUCUCCGGAAUCUGUCGAUUGGGGGUCGGGAUAUGGCGGCGACCGCAAGCAAUCGAUCGCGGGGUCAAUGUCGCAGUACUCUGUAUAG